AUGAAGGAGAUCCUCCUGGUCAAGAGAGUCCAGCUGCAGGUGAAAUCCAAGUACGACAAUUACAUCUUGGUGCACGGCAGUUUCAGCUUUCUGGAGGUGCGGGAGAUCACAGUGCAAGAGCCCAGCCUGGUUGUCAUAGAAACAGAUACAUCUUCUUAUGCCUUCCGGCUUAAGUCAUUUGAUGAUUUGGAGCAAGUUGUCAUCCAUGUCACCAUGUCACUUAAGAAGGUCUUUCCAGACUCAUCCCCAGGAACAUUGCUCAAGAACUCCCCCCCUAACCUGUACGAGAGGAUUCGGAGGAUCAUAGACUCCCUGGAGGAAAUGUUGCAGAGCAACCAAGGGCCCUGCGGUGGGUUUUCAGAGACAUAUGCUGCUUUAUGUGAUUACAAUGGCUUUACCUUCCGCGAGGAGAUCCAGUGGGAUGUGGACAACAUCUACCACAGCCAAGACUGCCGGGAGUUCAACCUCCUGGAUUUCAGCCACCUGGAGAGCCGAGACAUAGCACUGAGUGUUGCUGCCUUGUCCUUCAACCUGUGGUUCACGAAGCUCUACUGCAAGGACUUCAGACUGAACCUGGAGAUUUCAGAGCAGCUCCUGUAUAUGCUCAGCAAAUCAGUGACGCUGGAAGAGCUGGUGCUGGAAAACAGUGGGCUAAAAUUUGACUUUGCUCAGCGGAUGGCCCAGGCACUCAGCAGACAUCCUGACUCUGUGCUACACACCAUCAAUCUUGCUGGCAACCAGCUGGAAGACAGAGGGAUAAUUGCCUUCAGCCAGCACUUUGAGAAGAGGCCCAAGGGCCUGCAGAGCCUCAACUUGUCCAGGACAUCACUCACUGCUAAAGCAGCUAAUGAAACCAUCGGCUCUUCCCUCCGGCACUUGGACCUCUCCGGCAACCCCAGCACCUUGGCCAUGGAUGACACCAGUGUGUUCCUAGAUCCCCCUACUUGCAUCCUGUGCGGUAUGGGGCUGCAGAGGCCCAGGGACAGGGGACUUGUGGGUGCAGAGGACUAUGAUGGCAGCCAGCUCAGCAAUGCGCUGUUCUUCAUCUCAUGGCCUAGGUGGGCUGGGAGGCACCAGCGUCAGCAGGAGGGAUAA